AUUCAUACUCCAUAUAUGGAAAUACAGCAUAAUAACGUUGCGCAGAAGAACAAUGUUAUCAGUAAACCAUUUGUUGUAAAAACUAAAUUCUACAUGAAUUUUACCAAAUACGCCAUCUUUUUGCUAAUAUAAGAUGUAUCUUAAAACUAAAACCCUUAUCCUGAGCCACUAAAACAAUUCAAAUGGAAUACGUCGGUAUACAUUAUAUAAACACAAUAUGUUUUGUAUGUAAAUUGAGAAGUAAAACGAAAGUUCUCUUUUUUUCUCUGCUGGCCACGUCGCUGUAAAACAAACACUAAGUGUUUUAAAUUUUACAAUAAGUAGAUUGUAUCUUUCGGUUAUUUAUCCUGAUGGAGGAUAUAAAUCAAGCCAGAUUUACUAUGUGAUGUGUUUCAUGGAUAACUGAUAAGGACGGCCGUAAGGAUGAAUGUGCUUGAUAACCUCAUCUAUCUCGUUGUGACAUUAAUUGUGGUACAGCGAAAUAACGUAUAUUCAUUUACAAAUUUUACUGUGGUGAUUCUCAAUACCACCAACAUUACAACACACCAAGGAAACACGAUAGACCUUAAAGCACAGGUCACCAACGGAGGGCGCAAUAAAAUCAUCGAAGUCCAGUGGCUCCGAAAUGAAAUGAAGAUAGCCAAUACUUCGAGACUGACUGAACAAAUACAGAGAUUUUAUCCAUCGAAUGUGUCAUAUGUGAUUAGCACAUUAAGAAUAAGAAAUGUAAACCUCUUUGAUACAGGGAAUUGGACAUUUAGGGUAAAAGCAGACAACGUUUCUAUAACAAGGACAGCAACAGUUACAGUCUUUGCAAAACCCAUUCUCAAAGUGCAAAGGGAUGCGCUGCUGAUAAAGGAAGGAGAUGCAAUAUUUAUUGUGUGCUACUGGACACAAAACGGACACGAGACAUCAUUUCCUCUGAUUCGCCUGGCGCCUUAUACUGUUAAUGAACGCAAAACUUGGAUAAGUACCUCUUCAAGUGAUAAUUCGUAUGCUGUGUUUAUGAAGAAAAAUGCAUAUGCCUCGGACGCGGGUCAAUACAGGUGUAUCAAUAACCAAACCUCUGAUGUGUAUUCUAUUCAGUCAAAACUUGUAGAUGUCGACAUCUAUACAGCAGAUGACACGAUAUGUGCGUCAAGUCUUGAUGAAUACGGACUAAGCUGGUCAAACACUUACGGUGGAGAAAUUAAAUAUGGAUCGUGCCCCACUGACAAAACAGGUUAUUCAUCUCGUUACUGUGAUAUGUAUGGUAUAUGGGAUUUUACGGACUUGUCCUACUGUGCAGAAAACGACUUUGAUUCACUGGAUCAGGAGUUGGAUGCGAUCUACACAGAGAGGGAAGACGGAUUGACAAACCCAACAACAAUUAGCAAUGCAAUAAAUUCUACCUUAAGUGGGAUUAACAAAAUUUCUCGGAACGGUAGUUCAUCCGGAGGUUUGAACAGAACACUCCAAAUUCUGAGUAGAAUCGUAACAUUAGCCAACGAGUCCGAUUCCAUUAACGAAGAGUCGUUUUUUGGAUCAGUUGACAACAUUUUAUCAACAAGAAACAAUGAUGCAUGGAUAACAUUAUCAACGAAACCAAAUGUGUCAGAUGCAGGGACAGUUAUGGAGUUAGUGGAGAGAUUCAGUGUCUAUGCAAAACAAAAGGCAAAACAAUCAACAAGACAGGGGAAUACAUUUAUUGGAGAAAACUUCUAUUUGGACUAUGCUGUUUUGAAUUCAACCAAUAGCAUUACGUUUCCAGUUAUCAAGUCUGGCACAUCUUACCUUUCUUUACCGGGUCAAAGAUUAAAUGUGUCAGAAAAUUUUUACACUGCAGUGAUUUAUAAAACAAUUGGAGACAUUCUUUCUACAAAUAUCAAUAACUCAUCUACAAAUCUGGGGAACAAAAAAAUGUCGGUAGGCACACCAGUUCUUUCCUUAAAAUUGGACACCGCUCCGGAUACGCUGUCUCCACCACUUAACCUACACUUUACUACGAUAAACAAGACUGGUGACUUAUCUUCCGCAAUUUGUGUCUACUGGGAUUUUGCAGCUAGAAGCGGUCGGGGUGCUUGGAAGACAGACGGAUGUACACGUGUAUCAUUGUCAACCAAUGAAAUUGUUUGCCAGUGCAAUCAUCUGACCAAUUUUGCAGUAUUAAUGAGUUUAGACUCGACGAUAACAAACGCGUACGUUAUUUCUACAAUAUCUACGAUUGGAAGUGCGAUUUCAAUUUUCUUUGCCAUUUUGACGAUUGUGAUGCAUAUUAUCCUUUGGAGUUACGUCAAGAGUGACGUCACAGUCCUGCUGAUGAAUCUCUGUGCUGCUUUGGCAAUUUCCUACACUGUUUUUGUGACAGGAACGGAUUCGACAGACAAUGAGAUCUUGUGUACAGCCGUUACCUUCCUGCUACAUUUUAUGCUGCUGGUCAUGUUCUCUAUGAUGCAAUGUAUUGGUAUACAUUACUUGCGAAACAUUGUACUGGCUUCCAUCUGGAUAAAAAUGGCCGACCAAUUUUCCCGUAGAUCAUCGUUGCCUUGGUAUCUUCUUUUUGGAUGGGGAAUACCAUUGGCCAUAUCUUUGUCAACUGUAGGACUUUUCUAUAGUCAAGGAACUUACGUUUUACCAAACAUAUGCUGGUUAUCAACCGAGAGUGGCUCUUUGUACCUUUUCAUUGUUCCUGCGUACCUUAUUGUACUCAUUAACAUCAUCAUUCUGAUAGCACUGAUUAAAGUAUCUGUCGCUCGUUUAAAACCCUUUCAAAGUCUGCGCAAACAAACUGAGGGCAACGGUGAUUCUGAUAAUGCUGCCAAAGCAAGACAAGCAUUAAAGAAUUUUGGGGUCCUUGUUCCAGUUCUCGGAUUUACGUGGCUAUUUGGUAUACUUUCUAUAAACAAGGAUACAGAAGUUUUCCAGUACCUUUUCACCAUUAGUAGCUCCCUCCAGGGACUUUUUAUUUUUCUUGUCCAUGUACCACUGAACAAGAAAUGGAAAGACGCUUUUGCAAAGAAAUACAGGAAAGUUGAUAAGAGUAAAAACACCCGCCAAACAGGAUCUGAAUCAGCAGCAUCGUCACACCCAGUUACAAGUAACAAUACAGCUAAAUCAAGCCUUGGGUCAAACCAUGAACUCACAGAGGUUGCCAAAACUACGAAAGAGAAUUGAAGAUGGAUAAUUGUUUUAAAAGAAUUACAUGUAGAUAAAACAAUAAAUGUAUCAAGUACA